AUGUCCACCCCCCACGCCCUCCCCGACGAAGCCGUCACCACCGAGCUCCGCAAAAUGACCGCCUUCAUCCGGCAAGAGGCCCUCGAAAAAGCGCGCGAAAUCCACCUCAAAGCCGACGAAGAAUUCUCCAUCGAAAAGUCCAAGCUCGUCCGCUCCGAGACGCAGCGCAUCGACUCCGAGUACACCAAAAAAUUCACGCAGGCGGGCAUGUCGCAGCAGAUCACCAAGAGCACUGUAGCCAAUAAGCAGCGUCUGCGGAUUCUGAGUGCGAGGCAGGAGUUGCUAGAUGGCUUGUUCGAGGAUGCGGGGAAGAAGGUGGGCAAGGAGGCGGGCGUGGAGCAGGGGAAGGGGAAGUAUGAGGGGGUGUUGAAGGGGUUGAUUUUGGAGGGCUUGUACGCGAUGGCGGAUGAGAAGAAAGUCUCGCUCAGGUGCAGGAAGAAGGACGACGCGGUGGUGAAGAAGGCGGCGGAGCAGGCGAGGGGGGAGUUUAAGAAGCAGAUGGGCGGGAGGGAGGUGGAGGUUGUGGUGGAGGAGAAGGAGAGGUUGCCCGAGGGGUCGACUGGCGGUAUCGUGAUAUUCGACGCCACGGGCAAGAUCGACAUCACCAAUACGUUUGACGAGCGGCUGAAGCUGCUGGAGACGGAUGCGCUGCCCAGUGUGCGGACGACGCUGUUUGGGGAGAACGAGAACAGGCGAUUCAAGGACUGA